AUGAUAAUCAUUACUUUAUUCAUUGAAUACAAAGAUAUUGAUCAACAAUAUUAUUCAAAUGACGGAAAAACUCUUACAAAAGUUACAGAUCCAUAUCCAAACCUCAGAAUAUCUGCUAAAUGCGAAAUUAUUCAAGAAAAAUGCUUUUACGAUCUUCAUUCAUUGGAAUACUUUACAUUUGAAGAAAAUCCUAACUUAACAGUAAUUGGAUGUCAAAGUUUUUAUUACUGCAUUAAUCUUAAAAUUAUUGAUUUAUCUUUGUGCAGAAAACUUAAAAUAAUUUCUAAUAAUGCAUUUUUUAAUUGCAAUCAAGUUUCUGAAAUUAAUUUACCUCACGAACUUCAUGAAAUACAAGACGUUGCUUUUUACAGUUGUAGCAACAUACAAAAUAUUAUAAUUCCAGCAUCUGUUGAAUUAAUAGGUAAAUAUGCAUUCCAUUCUAGCUCUCAACUGAAAGAUGUCAUUUUUGAGGGAGAUUCGAAAUUGACAUCACUAGAAAGUGGUGUAUUUGCUUUCACUAGUAUUACUUCCUUUCAUAUCUCAGAAAAAAUUACAAAAAUAAGUGGAUUUGCGUUUUCUGAUUCUCAAUUAACAAAUCUUACCAUUAAUGAAAAGAAUAAGCAUUUAAAACUUGAAAAUAACACUGUAUUUUCCGUAAACAAAAGUAUUUUGUAUUUUAUUUGCAACAAAUCUGACACAUAUGAAAUUCCAGAUUAUAUUACAACUUUAGGAAACGAACUAUUUUAUUACUCCAAAUUAAAAUCAAUAACAAUUCCUCCUGCAGUCACAACUAUAGGAAAUAAUUGCUUUUCAUCCACAAAAAUUACUUCUAUAUCAAAUAUUGGUGAUAAGGCUUUUUCUUUAUGUUCCAAUUUACUCAAUAUUACAUUUUUGAGUUCUUUAGAGAUUGGCAAUAAUUUAUUUGAUGACUGUCCAAAUCUUGAACUUGUUAUUUUUCCUAAUAACCCUAUGAUUGUUAAUUCACAUUCCUUUAGCUCUGAUACUUCUCCAAAAUUAAGAAUGUCAUUUACUGACAAAACGUUAUUUUCACAAAGUUCAAUUCAAAGAAACACAAACAUAUCUAUUUUUUAUCUGACUGAACCAAAUCUUAUAAUUGACACCAAUUGUUUAGUAAUGAAUUUUGAUCAAACAGAAAUUUAUGAAUUUUGGGGAUAUAACUUCUCAAAUGGAAUUACAAUUCAUAAAAAUGUUAAUACAAUUCUUGAAAGUGCAUUUGAAAAUUCGGAAAUAUCUUAUAUAUGUCUUGAAUUAGAUUCACAACUAGCUGUUAUUCAGAAAUUUGCAUUUAGAAAUUGUAGACAAUUGUGUUCAUUUAAUUCUUCUUUGGCAAAUUUAAGAACAUUAGGAUAUUCAGCAUUUAAAGAUUGCAUAAAUUUGAAAGCAUUGAGUUUUGGAUCUCCUGAUUUAGUUGUUAUGAAUAAUGCAUUUGAAAAUUGUAUUAAUUUAGAAAGUAUAAGUAGUAUGACUAACAUUCAAGAUAAAUGUUUUUCAUGA